ACGCGUUUGGACCCGCGUGACGACGUCCAAUGACGUCCGGCGUCUGUACUUCGAGAGGAGGACCGAACAGGCGGAACCACGAAGGUUCGGCCCGAUUACCGCUGUCUGCUGCAGCGGAGGAUGAGCGGGACGGGUUCUGCCCCACCGCCGCGCGCGCACGCGCAGCAAACUACAGAGAAGGCCUUCAUUGUCAUGCGCGCCGCGUGCGCAUCAGCGGCAAGACUGAGGAGGAGAAAGGUGAGACAGGACUGAAACCCGCCCCCCCCAGAAGACAGUGGUGCCUCAGCGUGCUGACGGUGUGUGUCGUCCUGCUGUCGCUCCUGAACUGCUUCCUCAUCUACAAAGUUUUCAGGUUGGAGUCCUCGCUGGAGAAGCCGCCAUCAGAGAAGCAGAAGUCUGAUCAUGUUCCUCUGAAGGAAGACAACUUCCAAGAUCUUCUGCAGAACAACACCCAGGAGACCCGCAGCCUGAGAACCGGUCUCUGGGCCCUGCAGAACCAGGUCAACAGUCUGUGCAGUGAAGAAGGUCAGCUGGGCAGUCUGAGAGCCGACCUCCACCUGCUGAACUCCAGCAACCAGAACCUGAAGAGUGAAGUGGCAAACCUCAGCCUCAAAAGCGGUGAGUCCAACACCGGAAGUUCUGAGGUUCUGUCAGCUCCAUGCUGCUCCUCAUCUGUGGAUCUCUCUCCAGGACCGCCAGGACCGCCAGGCCCACAGGGUCCAGCCGGACAGGCAGGUUCCCCCGGGGAGAAGGGCUUGAAAGGUGACAGUGGGGUUGCAGGACCUCAAGGACCCAAGGGUGAAAAGGGACCAGCUGGAGAACGAGGACCUGCCGGUGAAGCUGGUCCCAGAGGCCCCCCAGGAAAUGAAGGACCAGCAGGUCCAAAGGGAGACCCGGGCACCGCCGCUGCCACAGGAAGUCCUGAAUCUGCUGGACUGAAAGGAGAGAAGGGAGACCCAGGAGUUGUUGGUCCACCUGGACCUCCAGGACCAGCAGGACCCCCCGGCCCUCCUGGAGUCCCAGGUGCCAAAGGAGAUCAGGGAAAGGAGUUGAAUGUGCGGCUUGUUCCGGACAGAAGCAGAGGACGAGUGGAGGUGAGGUACAACGACACCUGGGGAACCAUCUGUGACGACAGCUUUAGCACUGUGGAUGGAAACGUCCUUUGUAGGAUGCUGGGCUUCCAGACUUGUGUCUCCGUCUUUACUGCUCCACCAGGAUCUGGUCAGAUUUGGCUGGACGAGCUGAACUGCAGAGGAGAUGAGAAAGACGUCUUUGAGUGCCGUCAUCCUGGGUUUGGUGUUCACAACUGCGACCACAAUGAAGACGCUGGAAUCCUCUGUGUUUGAACCUCCCGUGACCAAUCAAUGUGACUGAAUCUACAGAGACUGUCUUCAUAUCAAAAUAUGAGACACAAAGAAAAUAAAAACUCUCAACUGGAUUUGAGAGCUGUGAUUUUUCUGUAAACAGUCUGUGCUAAUAAAGUUUCCUGAAACCCA